AUGCCUGCAGGUACACACGCUGAGGUUGAUGUGCACACUCUGGGAUGGGAGAAUGCAUGGCCGCGAGAUGGGCGAGGGGGGCGCCUGGUGGGGGGCCGCGUGCCCGCCCUCGGCCUGCCGGACCCCAGCCCCGCCUACAAGCCGGACGUGGGCGGCGGGGUGUUCAAGAGCGGCCUGGGCCCCGCCUUCGACCACAACAAGAACACGGUGAGCGACAAGGAUGGCGGUGGCGGCGGGGGGCUGGGACCCCUGCCCCUGGGCCACCACCUGCAGCCCUUCACCGCCCCCUGGCUGGCGGAGGUGGCGCACAUCACCCCCGCCCCCCGCCCCGACCACCUGCCCUUCCCCCAGCCCCCAGCCCCGCCCCUCCCUGACUACUACCCACACUUCCCCAGCCUGGCACACCGCCCCCCGGCUAUUACCCCCACCCCUUCCUGCCCCCCGCCUCCUCCAGCCACUUCCUCAGAGACUUCCAGCGCCAUGCCCACCGCCCUUACCCGUCUCUGGAGCCUCGCCCACCCCUGGAGCGCCCCACUCCUGUGUCCGGGGCGCCCACGCUCGUCAGACCCCUGGGACCCCCCACCCUGAGGACUGCACCCUGACCCACGGGACCUGAGGGAGGCGCCCCCCACCAAGCUGCGACCCCGACCCCCCGAUCUGACACUCCCCGUCAGCCCCAGUGGUCCCCCGGGGGAGCCCUCCCCACGGGGCUCCCAUGGAGAGCCCAGCCCCAAGCGGCGUGCGGGGUCCGGUGCCUUCCCCAUGCCCGCCCCCCGCUCCCCCCGCGCUGGCCACCGGGGACUGUCAGGCCCCGCCGUCCCCGCACCAGGCCCUGGGCCUCCUGUGUCCUCUGCCCCAGGCCCCGCCACCACAGGGGCCGCCGUUGCACCGACCACUACUGCCACCGCUUCUGCCUCCGCCACCACCUCCUCUUCCUCCUCCUCCUCGUCCUCUUCCUCCUCCUCCUCCUCCGCCGCCGCCGCCGCAGCUGACGCCGCGGGGAGCGCCGCCCCACCCUCGCUGACCGCGUCGACCACCUCCGCCUCGUCCCCCACCCCCGCCAGCCCGUCCCAGGAGUCCCGCCCCGCCUCCCCCUACCACGCCCACUUUGCCCGCGGCGCGCUGGUGACGGUGGGCGCCAACGUGCGGCGCGUGGAGGAGCUGGAGACGCGGGACUUCCUGGAGGCGGCGCGGGCGGCAGAGGACCUCAUGCUGCACCCCAGCACCGUGGCGGCCAUCACCCCUGCACCGGGACGCCCCGCCGCCACCACCAUCACCUUCACCUUCCCCUCCAGGAACACGCAGGUGUCGGUGGAGGCCGCGGUGGACCACCCGUUCUUCGUGUUCCACAGCGGGUGGUCGUCGUGCAGCCCUGAGCGCACCCAACACAAGUACAACCUCAAGGUUCGCCGGCUGCAGGUCGGGGACGUGUGUGUCUCCCUCACCAAGAAGGUUCCCGGCGCCGAGCCUCUCUACCCGCCCCCGCCGCCCCCCGCCGCGCCCCAGGACACGCCCGCACCGCCAGCAGGAGAGCCCGCCCAGGUAACACCCACAUCCUCAGCUCCCGCCGUUCCCAAAGCCUCCACCCCGCCGCCCCAGCCCUCCACUCCGCCGCCCACCAAGACAUCAGCAGGGGAGGAGGCGCCGCCACAAUCAGGCAGCGGCGGCACCUCCAGCAGUGUAUGGAGCCACCCGGGCACGGCAGCGUCGCGGACCAGCUCCGGGCGGCAACAUUCCAGCGACGAGGCGGCGCAGCGCGAGGAUAAAGACGGCGGCAGGAAGCGGCGGUGGUCAGACCCCGGCCAGACCACGUGACGGCCCCGCCCCUGCCUCAAGCGCCUCGCGUGUCCCCGCCUGUCCCCGUAGUGCCCUCCGCCUGCACCGCCACCACUGCGGUGCCCGCCGCCGCCGCUCACUGGCCCUACCCCAGCGCGGCGGGGCGUGCGUGCACUGUGCGGGCCCCUGCCUCAGCGCGACGAGGCUGUGCACUGCGCGGCAGGGUGUGCACUGUAGCGGAUCACUCCCACGCGAGGCUUUCGUUGCUAUUUCGCCGCGGCGCAAGUUAAGCGCCGCUGCUGAGUUGUUCACACCACACCUUUAUUGUUACCUGAAGGAGUGAGGGCCGCGGGGCUGGCGGGCCGCGGGUGCUUGCUGCAGGUGUCCCGUGGCCCGGAGCGGCGCGGCCCUUGGCGGCAGGAUAUCCUCACGGCGCCCUGCGUCCCGCGGGCUGACCUGAGACAAGAAAGUGUCAUGACAGUUUGUGUUUGUGUCCGAAAAGUCCAAUUUGCAAUACUUUUUUUCAGUGUUUAGUGUUGAAUGCUGUGUUUUUGUUCUAUCCAUGAAAUUUCUCUUAUAUUGUACUGGUUUCCAUGUCUUUCAUGAUUAUUGUGAUACAAGACAAAUUAGUAAACGCAGAGAACAGCCAUUAACGCAAACACGUUAUCAAUGUGUCGCCGGUGAAACACGUCGUCGUCUUUCCCUUCGCCACCAGUGAAACACCCAAGCCAAAGGAACACUCGCCCUCGUCACCCGACGCCUUAGUACUCACGACGCCCGCCCUCCCUCCCUCCCUCGCGCCCUCCCGCCCUCGCGCACUCCCGUCACCUUCCCUCCUUAUAAAGUCACGGCAGGGAAAGACCCACGCAGCCUGUAUACACAAACACGCCACAACCUGCAAGACAAAAGAAACACGAAGACAGCGAGCGUCCCGAGUACCACACGCACCACCACCACACCACACCACACCACCACGCCCCGCCUCACCACAUUGGGCUCAAUCUGGUGCCUCAUUUUGCACCAAUGCUGAACAUGUAACAGACAGAACCUCACAGAUCACCCCCUCCCCCACGCAGCAAACUCAGUCCCAUCCAUCAGUCCCUCCCCGUCACCUCACCUUGCCUCGUGACUUCCUAGAAUAGAAGGAAGGAAAAUACGUAGUUAAAAGUUUUGUAAAGCAAUCUAGCGUAUACUUAAGUAAGGUAAGACUUCCCGAGAGGCGCGGAUCGAAGUUUUUGUGUGUAUCUGUAGGUUUUUUGUGGGAGGUUUGAGUAGCGUCACCUGUGUAGUCACCUGUGGGUCGCCGAUGCCUGCAGGUGUGUCUGGCAGGUGAGUUAAUGGCUGUUCUCGUGGCGGCUUCGCGAUGGUCUUUCCAAAACAUGCUCGUGAUAAUGUUAUGACCGUAGUGUGGCUGUAGCUGUUGUGUGUUAUUGUUGUUGUUGUUGUUGUGUUGUUGUCAGUCGUGGGGAUCAAUGCCUCUCUCUCUCACUCUCUCUUUCUCUCGCUCUCGCUCUCGCUCAAUCAUUGGUGCUCCAUAUAUAUUUGCCUCAUUUUUUCUCUUUUUCCAUCGCAAAAUGUCCUGAUAAUUCUUAUUUCUUCUUGUCAUUUUUUCCGCUCGAGUACAGAAAUAACGCGACGGUCUGGCACGGAGCAUCGCAGCGGCGCGUCUCCUCCUUGCUGGCUUGGCUGAGGUGAUCGCUGGUUGUGGAAUCUGAACCUCCUCCCGGCCACGCUGGAUCGCAAGGAGUGCAUCAGCGGAUUAAAAAAAAAAAAAAAGAAAUAGAUGAGUUUUUUUGUUUUUUAUUCAUUAUGUAGGUUUACUUUUUUUAUUUCAAUUUAUUUUUAUUGUUUAUUCUUACACGUUUUUUUUUAAUUGUGUAUUUCUGUAAGUUUCGUUUUUUUUCGUUUUUUUUAUUUAUUUAUUUUUUUUGCGAGUGUCAGGGUCGUUCAGGAUUUCGUCACACACACACACACACACACACACACACACACACACACACACAUGCACGCGCGCGCCUUCACAAGUGCCUCCGAAGAACCUUCCUUCUUCAACUGCCGCUGUGAUCUCUUAGUCUGAAGGUGCUAAUCUCGCGGGUCUUGCCUCCUGCUCUUUCUCCUCUUCUUCCUCCUCUUCCUCCUCUUUUUGUUUGUUUCCCCGAGGGUUUCCUUCAGAGAGUGUGCUGCGCUGGUUUGUUCUUUUUCGAGACGCCUCACUUGUCCCUGGUCUCUUUCUCGCCCUGCGCGCCUCGCCUGACUGUGUCCGGUUCCGCGCGCCUCCUGUCCGGCCUCGCUUGCUUCAGAGGUCACCAACACAACAGUGCUUUCCUCCCGGCAGUCACCCAGGGAGGCUCGGUAGUGUCAUGGGUCACACGCUCAUCGCGGCGGUCAUCUUGCAUGAAAGCGUCAACUGCCUGGCGUGGUGCAUUACUUGUUUCUGGUAAUAUGUAAUGGUUGUGUUGCAGACGCAGGUUUUGUGUCCUGCGAGAUUUAAUGUUAGAUCGGUGUUAAACGUUUGGUGAAGCACGAGGCGAGGCGGCGAGGCGGCAGAGCAGUGGGGAUCAGACUAUCAAGUUAACUGUUCCCUUUUCUCUCACACGUCGCGGGAAACCAUCGCUCCUUGGAGUUUCUGAAUAGGUGCCACAAUUUUUCUGCCGACGAGGAUCUGCAGGGAAUGGCUCGUGUGGUGACAGGCUUAAUUAAGACGCAAAAACACCGCGGCAGCCAAGCCAAGCCAAGCCAGGCCAGCGGCGUGAUCUUAUCAAGCAUUCUGUCGUCAGUAGUCCUCCGUGCCAGGGACUUAACACUUCACACUUAACACAAUUGCCGGAUCAACUCGACCCAUGAUUUCCUGGCCACACUUGGGACGCUUAUUGUUAAUUAAUGAAAGCAUCGCGCCUCGCCUUCAGGUCCCCGGUCGCUUGUCACACUCCUCCAGCGCGACGACCUUCCCCCUUCGCUACUCUGGACAGACUCUGGUGGACGCAAGCCUGUUGGGGUUUUCAAGUGCUUUCAUGACAGUUUAGCAAGGAUUCUGUAUCAUCGACAACCCGGCUAAUGAUCUCUGUGGCCUUUGAAUCAGUCCCAAUGAGAGAAUAGUGUUUCUAAUAGCCUUUGUCUUGCCGCCGACCUGUUAACUGUGGACGCGGCCAAGAAGAGUCCGGCCCUUGUCAUGCUGCAGUCACUUGCCUCCUGUGUUGAGUCAUCGCGUGCUUUGAAAGUUUUGAGUCUGUCGUCUUGGCAUCUCGCGUUCUCAGUCAUCUGCCUUAUCGUCGUUAUCAAGUCGUGCUCCGCUGGGGCAGUAAGGUGGCUAAGCUGUGUGGCGGGUCAGCCUUACAGGAAACCAGGAUGUAAGGUAACCAGACUGUAUGGUGGUCAGGCUGUUAGAUAAAACUGUAAGGCGGUCAGGUUGUGUCAGACUGUAAGGUGGUCAAUCUGUAUACUGGUCAGGUUGCAAGGCUAAGAGUGCUUCAGUAGAACAGCCUAGUCUCCGCCAUUAGUCACUUCAUCAUUUCACUCAGUACGUUGUGUCUUAUUUCAUCAGUAUUUAACACUGCUUCUCUCCUUUCCUUCCCUUCUUCCUCUCCCGCCAGCGUAUCCAGCCUCACGCCCGCUGUCCACAAGCUUCAGAGGGCCCUGCUAACGUGAACCAUAAGAGCCUUAGUGCUUCUUGGUGUGUCUUAUCUUGGUGCUUCAAAUACAUACAAUUUAGAAGUAUUUUUUUCUUUCUCUUUCUUCUCUUUUCGAACUCCCGUUCCAUUUUUCUUCGCUCCACUUUCCCCGUGCUUCUCCCUCUCGCCUCGCCCUCGCCCUCCUUCCCUCGUGUCGCCGCCCCGCUGUCCUUCUAGCCCCGCCGUCCCUCGAGCCCUCGCUGCCCUCCUGCCUCUCACAAAUCCGCGCCCCGCUCUGUCUUUCACCUCAGUGUUCCUCAAACUCUGUAAACUUGUAUGGACUGUACGAACACUUGACAGUGGCGGACUGAGCUACAACGAAACACACACACACACACACACACACACACAGCGGUGCCAGUACAGAUCACACUCGCUCAUCUUGAAAGGACAAGCGGUCCCUGAAUACUUCCCGCGCCAGGACAAGUCUUCACUGUCCGCGCCGUAAUUCUGCUAGUCUUCGCCAAACAAUUUUUUUUUUUCUAUUUUUUUUCUCGGGAGGGAUUGGGGUUGAACAUUUUUGUACGUAUACGUGUAGUUGGGCGACCUGUUUUGAGGGUUGGUGCUUAAUAGACUCAAUAUAUUUUCCUAUUUUUAGAGUAUCGAGCUUGUUACUUCGGGCGUCUUUGUGUCCCGUCACCAGCACCGCGCACGCCGCCGCUCGCCUCGCCUGCCUCUGCCUGCUGGCGGGGCAGGACAAGGCGCGGCGCUGCGGCACGCCCAUGGAAAUAACUGAGGGCCUCCACACGCUGAGGGUCUCUGCGUCUCGCUGGCGUGUGGCGUGCACGCGAAAGGCGAGGCUUGGUGCUGCAGGCCCACACAUUUACUGGGAGAGGCGAGGUUGGCCUCUCGCCGCGGCCUCGUCUCGGCACAGCGUCAGGGUCACGCGGCAGCUGCACGCCCCGCCACACCUCGGGCUGAGCGUGGCAGCGGCGCAGUUAUCUCGACGCGAGAUGAUGUGCCUCCGGUGUUCCCGAAGAUGUCCGACUCCCGCGGCGGUGGUGGCGUGUGUCGCGUGGCAGGGCGCGUGCUGGCGGGCGUGGUGGGGGUGGCGGCGUGGCACACUGGCUACACUCCACAGGCCACCACCAGUGAGUGCCGGGUGCCGCCGCCACGGUCACGGCCGCCGCCUUGAAAUCAUCCCUUCUCUCCAUUGUCUUCCCCACACCUACACACCCACGUCCACACACCGCCACACUCACUGUCACCACGCCGCCACGCCCUCACCGCAGUCACCACGCCGCCACGCCUACCAACGCGGGGGAAAACCUUCCUGGUAAACACAACGCCCCUCUAUUUUGUACCUUACUCGAUGUCGGUGUCCGGAACCCUCUCGGCGUUGGCAGCGGGCGCCGAGAAGCCACGAGGGGCACGCACGGCAGCCACGUACAAACUGCCACACUGGGGGCGUCCGUGGCGGGGGAGAGGGGUACGGGAGUCGCCGCCGCCAGGACCCUAAGGCACGCAGAUAUUCAGGAUGCCUUCUCUAGAUUUUCUUUUAUUUAGGGAUCUUUCAUUUUGUGUUUUUAUUGUACUGUAUAUAUUGCAAGUGUAUUACAAGUCAUGGCUCAGCGUGGACACCUGGCUUACUGCGUGUCUCGAUACUUCUUCUUUAUGUUUAUUAUUAUUAUUAUUAUUAUUAUUAUUAUUAUUAUUAGAGGUUAUGGUGCUGUGUAAGUAGUGUGUGUGUGUGUGUGUGUGUGUGUGUGUGUUAAAAGUUGAAGUUUUAAGUGUUUUCUUUCAAAAUUUCUUGUUCUUUUUUCUUCGAGUGUGUGUGUAUGUGUGUGUGUGUGUGUGUGUGUGUGUGUGUGUGUGUGUGUGUGUGUGUGUGUGUGUCUUUUGUAAAUGUACAUAUUACAGAAUUUUUAUCUUUUCCCCUUCCUAUUCUUCCUAUUAGUUCUGUCUCCGCGCAAGUCAAGCGUUGCAAGGUUGUUGUAUAAAGACUGUGUUUACUUGGUGAUGUGUGCCCGUGACGCUGGUGGGCGAAGGAAUCAAGGAAGCAAGCAAGGAAGGAAGAAGAAGAAAACAUUAAUAAUAACUAAGAUAACUAAAAUAAAUGUUUAAUCUUUGGGAGGUGUGCUACAAGAGAGAUACUGAAGAGUAAUACUAAACAUUAUAUUUUACCAAAUCGUGUAUACCUAGCUUCAUCUGGGGCGACACUCUCAAACAAUAUUUUCUCGUAAUGUUAAGGAAAUUCUUGGUGGUUAUUUCAGUGACUAUGUUACGUGACACUUCCCACGAUCACUAAUUAGGUGAUCAGCGGAAGAGGGUUGUAAGUGUGACCUCGUGUGUGACCUGACCUUGCUACCCCGCUGACCUGACCACCACUCACCCACACUUCUGGCCCCCUGUAACUUUCCCCACCACCACCACCACCACCACCAUCAUCGCUACUGUAAAACUCAUAAUUUUCACUGUUUCGUUUAUUUAUUUAUUUUUGUUUCAUUAAGUGUGUUGGCAGCUAUAACUCUCCUAUUGUCUUCUUCUCCUCCUCCUCCUCCUCCUCCUCCUCCUCCUCCUCCUCCUCCUCCUCCUCCUCCUCCUCCUCCUCCUCACAAUUAUUCACGCCAUUAAUUGUCUUCUUGUUUAUCUGUUCAUAUUUAAUUCGAUUUAAGGAUUGGAUAGACUUAUUCUCUCUCUCUCUCUCUCUCUCUCUCUCUCUCUCUCUCUCUCUCUCUCUCUCUCUCUCUCUCUCUCUCUCUCUCUCUCAGAAGUCGAUUAACAAGUGAUGAAGUAAUGCUUUGGUUGUCGCUGACUGGAUGAUGGGGAGAGAGAGAGAGAGAGAGAGAGAGAGAGAGAGAGAGCGCAUAGCUUAAUUACGUCGUUCUUCAUUUGAGCCUAUUCCGAGUCUCUCUCUCUCUCUCUCUCUCUCUCUCUCUCUCUCUCUCUCUCUCUCUCUCUCUCUCUCUCUCUCUCUCUCUCUCUCUCUCAAACCGUAUGCUAAUAAACUUGUUUACAUUUUCACAAAGUUUAAUGAAAAUGUACACUAAAGUUUCAUCAUCAUCAUCAUCAGGAAUAGUGGUGGUGGUGGUGGUGGUGGUGGUGACAAGUGUGGUUGAAUUGUGUGGUUAAGGCAUUCUCUCUCUCUCUCUCUCUCUCUCUCUCUCUCUCUCUCUCUCUCUCUCUCUCUCUCUCUCUCUCUCUCUCUCUCUCUCUCUCUCUCUCUCUCUCUCUCUCUCUCUCUCUCUCUCUCUCUAAAGGUCAUAGGUUAUUUUUUAAGGUUUAAGGUUUGUCCCCUUAAUGGUCGUUUCCCCUUCCCCUUCCCCCAUCCUUUCCCCUUCCCCCUUCCCUUCCCCUUUCCCCUUUCCCCUUCCCUUCCUUCCCUUUCCCCCUUUCCCAUCCCCUUCCCAUUCCCUUCCCUUCCCUUCCCUUCCCCUCCCUCCUCCCCCUUCCCCCUUGUUUGAGGCUACCAACCCACACCCCUCUACCUCUGUUAUGAGUCUAACCCCCUCAUCCCCUCCCCCUCCCCCCUUUAUUCCCCCUCCCCUUAAUUGAGGCUACAGCUCCCCGUUAUUCCGUUUUCUGAGGCUAAUUCCCCAUAUUCCGUUUUCUUUCCCAAUUCCCCCCACAAUUUGUAUUUUGAGGCUAACUGUUUUAUUUUUUACCUCCUUUUUUUUUUUGUUUUUCCUACCCCCACUCUCUCUCUCUCUCUCUCUCUCUCUCUCUCUCUCUCUCUCUCUCUCUCUCUCUCUCUCUCUCUCUCUCUCUCUCUCUCUCUCCAAUUUUCACGUUAAAUUCUCGCCACUCCUUUUCAAAAUUAACUCUUUUUCUUUUUUCUCUCUCUCUCUCUCGUCGCGUCCUUCCCAUUUCGCGCCACUCCCCUCACUCUCCCUCCCCUUCCCUCCCAUGGUCUUUUAUAUCUCCCAUUUUAGCGCCACACCCUCCUCCCCUCAUCUCUCCCCCUCACCUCCUCUCCCCACCUUGAGGCAAACACCCCCGUCUCAUUAUUUUAUUCUUCUCAUUUUAGUGCUGCACCUCCUCCCCAACUUAGCACCCCUUUCCCCCCACAUUUUGAGUGUAAUCUCCCUCCUCCCAGCCUUUCUGUAUUCCUCGUUGUGGCACUAACUUCCCUAUUUUGAGGCUAACUCCUUCCCCAUUCUUAUCUCCCCCUCUCCCCUUCCUUCCCCACCCACACCUCAUCUUCCCCCCAACUGAGGCUACCCCUUCCCUUCCCUUCCUCCCUCCCCAUCUUCUUAUAUGUUCCCAGUUUUGAAACUACAACCACACCCCACCUUUCACUCCCCAUAUUUUGAGGCUAACUCCCCUUCUCCUCCUCCUCCUCCUCCUCCUUCCCCAUUCCUCCCCAUCUUAUAUCUUCCCCAUUUUGAAACCACCCACACCUCAUCUUCCCCUCUCGACAUUUUGAGGUUAACCCCUUUCCCUCCUCCUCUUCCUCCCCUCCCUCUUUCGUUGUUAUAUCCACCCCACCCUCCCCUCCACCCCCUGAGGCUACCCGUACCCCACCCCCUCCCCUCCCCCCCUGGUAGGCCGCUCCGGAAGGCUUCCUACGUUAUGUGUACAUUUCGGUGGAGUUCUGCCAAAGGUAAAGAUUUUAGGCUAUUUACGUAUCUUUUAAGGUUUUCAAUAUUGUCAGAAGCUUUUUUGUACAUACUAUGUAUGGUGAAUAAAUGUAUGUAUACCUUGA